GGCAAGCGAGUAGAGGGCCCCUGGAGGGAGCCGCGGAGGUUCAGGUCCCGGAGGCCGGGCUACGCCGAGCCUUGCGCGUGAACAGCUGCGGCGGGGGCAGCCUCCAGCGGCGGUGCCAGCAGUUCCAGCCCGUUGCUUUACUUUUUAGCUUCACCAACGUCAUUAUGCCGAAGAGAAAGUCUCCAGAAAACCCAGAGGGCAAGGAUGGCUCCAAAGUAACUAAACAGGAGCCCACCAGACGGUCUGCCAGGUUGUCAGCGAAACCAGCUCCACCAAAACCUGAACCCAAACCAAGAAAAACAUCUGCUAAGAAAGAACUGGCAACAAAGGUUAACAAAGGUGCGAAAGGGGAGAAGGAGGAAAAGCAAGAAGCUGGAAAGGAAGGUACUGCACCAUCUGAAAACGGUGACACUAAAGCAGAAGAGACACAGAAAACUGAAUCUGUAAACGAGGGAGAAUGAAUUGUCAUGAAAAUUGGGGUUGAUUUUAUGUACCUCUUGGGACAACUUUUAAAAGCUAUUUUUACCGAGUAUUUUGUAAAUGCUAAUUUUUUAGGACUCUACUAGUUGGCAUACAAAAAUAUAUAAGGAUGGACAUUUUACCUUCUCGUAGUCAUGCUUUUUGGAAAUUUCCGUCAUCCUUGAGUAAAAGAAAUACCAAUUUAAUAUUGGAAGCUGUGUGUAAAAUUGAUUCAGCAUUCCAUGCACUUGCUUUAAAAAUUUAGUCCUGUGCAUACUGUGGUGUUUUUACUGUGUGUAUUUGAAUUUUUUCAUGCAGUUUUCCUAGAGCAAUAAUCAGUGGUGCUUUUGUACCUAGGUUUUAUGUGAUUUUAAUGAAACAUGGAUAGUUGUGGCCACCUGCUGACUAUUUGUGGUUUAAAAUAAAAGGUUUUCCUGCCUGCAAAA